AUGGGCUUGUUUGGAGGGCUGCCCGCUCCCACUAAGCGCCCCGCAGAAGGCCCGGCCGCGGAUGUAGAUCAGCGCGGCAAGACGGCCAGGCUCGAGGCGUCAGGUCUGCCCGCCGAGCCGAGCGUCACAGAUUUGGAUGACUUGGAAGAGCUGGAGGAGGGAGAUGUGGCCGAGGACGGGGCAGGGGCAGGGCAGGGAGCGGGUGCAGCGGCCGCGGCAGGGGCAGGGCCAGCAGCGGCGGCAGGAGGCGAGCAGGACGCCGACGCGCCGCCGCCGCCGCCGCCGCCGCCGCCCGCGCCCGCGCCGGCACCCGGCGGCGGUGACCAGGUGUCGGCGGCGCUGCGCAAGAUCGCCUCCCACAUCGCCCACCCCAAGAAGUUCGCCAAGGCCUCCCAGCUGCUGCGGGAGCUGCUGUCGCAGGGCGCCGUCAUGGCGCGCCACGGCCCGCUGCUCUUCUCCUGCCUGAAGACCGCGAUGGCGGAGCCGGGGCGGGCGGCAGAGGCGCUGCUUGCUCGAGAGUACAGCAAGCUCUUCACAGCGGCAUCCAAGGUGUUCAGCGUGCGGGAGAAGAACCAGCUGGAGGUGUUUGGCACGUGGGCGGUGCUGCGCAACCAGCUGGCCACCGACGAUUCUUUCCAGUUCAACAAGGUGGUGGUGCGGCUCAAGGAGAUGGCGGCGGAGCUUCCCGAGGCGUGCGAGGAGGAUGAAGCCGUGGCCGAGCGCCUGGCGGCAGGCGCCUCUGCCCCCGACCCCGUCCUCGCAGCGUACGACCAGCGGCAGGCAGAGGCGGCAGCCCCCGCGGCCGCGCCAGCGGCAGCACCGACGCCGACGCCAGCCGCGGCGGCGCCGCCGCAGGAGGAUGCGGAGGCGGAUCCUUUCGGUUUGGAUGCGCUGAUGGAGCAGCAGGAGGCGGCCGAGGCGGCGGCGGCGGCGGCAGCUGCGGCGGCGGCUGCAGCAGCGGCGGCGGCGCGGCAGCCCAAGAGCCAGACGUGGAGCAGCGCGGAGGUGUUGUGCCAGCGGCGGGCGGCGCUCCUGGACUGCCUUGACUCCGCCAAGGCCUGCUACCGGCACAUGUGGGCCCGCACCUCGGUCGACCUCCUCAUCCAGCACUGCCACCAGCACAAGGACAGGUUCCUGCCCUCCCAGCGCGAGCGGCUGGAGGCGCUGAUGGGUUUUGUGCGGGACCAGCGCCGCAUCCGCAGGCUGGGCCCCUCAGCCAAGGAAGUCAACCGCGACUCAACUUCCUUUGAGCGGGCCCGAGCGGAGUGGAGCAAGGCCGACGUCAGCCACCGCGGCAAGGUGGGCGGCGGCGACCGCGGCGCCGAGGCGUGGCUGGGGUGA